CGCGCGGAAGGAGGGAGGGGGCCGCGCUCAGCGCCCCGGCCGGGCCGCGGGGCCGCAGGGCAGCACGGCCACACCGCCUGCCGCUAGCCCGAGCCGGAGCCGAGCCGGGCGAGCAGGCGGGCGGGGCAGCUCGGUCUCGGGAACCCUCUGGGAUGCCUAAGAGUGUUUCUCUCCUGCCCCCAGCCUGGCUCCCACCAUGAGCGCUGAGCUCAACGUGCCUGUGGACCCCUCCACUCCUGCCUGCUCUGAACCGGGCCACAAGGGCAUGGAUUACCGAGACUGGGUGCGCCGCAGCUACCUGGAACUGGUCACUUCCAACCACCACUCUGUGCAGGCCCUGUCCUGGAGGAAACUUUACCUGAGCAGAGCCAAGCUGAAGGCCUCCAGCCGGACCUCUGCCCUCCUCUCGGGCUUCGCCAUGGUGGCCAUGGUGGAGGUGCAGCUGGAGACGCAGUACCAGUACCCCAGGCCGCUGCUCAUCGCCUUCAGCGCCUGCACCACGGUGCUGGUGGCCGUGCACCUCUUUGCCCUGCUCAUCAGCACCUGCAUCCUGCCCAACGUGGAGGCCGUGAGCAACAUCCACAACCUCAACUCCAUCAGUGAGUCACCGCACGAGCGCAUGCACCCCUACAUCGAGCUGGCCUGGGGCUUCUCCACCGUGCUGGGCAUCCUGCUCUUCCUGGCCGAGGUGGUGCUGCUCUGCUGGAUCAAGUUCCUUCCCGUGGACGCGCGCCGCCAGCCCGGCCCCCCACCUGGCCCCGGUGGCCACACAGGCUGGCAAGCUGCCCUCGUGUCCACCAUCAUCAUGGUGCCCGUGGGCCUCAUCUUCGUGGUCUUCACCAUCCACUUCUACCGCUCCCUGGUGCGCCACAAGACUGAGCGGCACAACCGUGAGAUCGAAGAGCUGCACAAACUAAAGGUGCAGCUGGAUGGGCAUGAGCGCAGCCUGCAGGUCGUGUGAGGGCAUGGUGCCCGGGGCAGAGGCCAGCGCUGCCGCCACCGCGGAGCCCACCAGGAUCGACUGCCUGUCUGCCUCCCGGGAAUAGCACCACUGUGACACUGCCACAGAGUUCGAGACCAAAGUCGUAUCCCCUCCUCCCGUCUGAAUUCCGGAACACCCGGCCCGGGUGAUCCUCCCGCAGAAAAUAGAAAUUUGUAGUAAAAAGAGA